CAUACCUAACCUAGUACCUACCCUACCUAACGUACUAUGCCAUAGGACGGUGGACUAGGACCUGGUACUACAAGCUGGUAGGGCCUCAUACGGCCAAUUCCCUUUGCAAAAUGUUCAUUCACGAUCCUCCUCAUUCAUAUUCUUAUCACGCAGGAAGACAAAGGAUUGGAAGAAAAGUACAGAUAUGUAAGUUACGGCACAGAACUUAUGUACAAGGCGCAGCAUUGCAUUCAAUGCCAAUGCUCAUUGGCUUCAUUGGCUUCAUUGCGUUACAUUCUUUCCUCUUUCCUCUUUUCAUCGUGAUCUCUAACCUUAGCAGAGACUGCAGAGACUGCAGAGCCCUUCCCCACGUAUUACGUAGAAAAGUUGUUUGGAAUCCCACCUUUUCAUGCAAUCCACCACAUGGAAUGGAUCAAUGGAUCCAUCAGCUGCUACCAUCCAUACCUGUGUACAUACACACAUACAUACAUACAUGUAGGUACCAUAAUUACCUGGCGUACCAUCAAUACAUACAUAUAUACUCAUCAAUGCCGACUACGUCUCUUACGUCAUGGGGGGGAAACAAGUAUAUAUAUACUGUAGUCGAGCUGAUGGUUUAAAAUUUGCUGGCAAGACCAUGGAAUAUGGGAUAUGGGAAAUAGGAAUUUGUAUUGAUGCCCAGAUAUGGAGAAUCCCACUUCACAGUACAAAUUGUAGCUAUACCAAGGUGGAUGGGUCAGCCUCCGCGUAACCGGGCAUUUUAAGGAUCAUCAACAGUUCUAGGUGAGCGCAUACCAUAACCUUGAGCUAGGGCGGUGACCCUAUUACCUAUCAUGUACCUCUGUUUGUUGUAAUAAGAAUCAAAGCGGCGGCGGGCAGCUUACACAAGGUUUGUUGCCCGUUGGCAACGUCAGUAGGUGCCAAC